CGGUGCAGGUGCUCUCGAACUCUUGGUGCUUUUGCGGUUCGUGCGUUGUGCAUAGCAUAAUCCAAAUUCAGAAUAUGCCGAACUGCACUCAAAUCAAGAUGUACAGCAUAGGUUUGUUGGCCGUUUUGUAUGCGCUUCUGUUCGCGACGACAUUCAGCAGUGUUCAGUGCGAUGAGUUUGAGGAGGUGUUUCGUUGGAAAAAGCUCGAUUUCAAUCAUCUCGCCGAGCACGAUCCCGAUGACUUCAUUUUCCAUGAUGGUGAAACGGAAGUGAAUGAUGUGCAGCUUAAUGAAACGUUUACACCAUACCACAACCUGCCGAUGGGAGUUACUCAUCAUAAAGGACGACUUUUUAUAACCAUUCCUAGGCGCCGUACCGGUAUACCCGCCACGUUAACCGUUGUAUCAUUGGAUCAGGUAUCCCAGGAUGAACGAUCGCCAAAGCUGACGGCCUAUCCGGACGCCAUCACAAACCAGCUUAGGCGUUCCUAUGAACCGGAUCCCAAACGAUUAGUUUCUGUGUACCGUACACGCGUUGAUAGGUGUGAUCGAUUGUGGUUCGUCGAUACUGGGUUCCUCGAGUAUCCUGGCCACCGCAAACAGGUUCAGAGACCAUCGCUGUGGAUCAUUGAUUUGCAGAAGGACCGGAAGGUGCGCCAAUUCGACAUAUCGGAGACGAUUGCUGCCGAGGGUCACGGUAUGGCUAGCGUUACCGUUGAUCUGAUGGAUGGCGAGGAUUGUGACAGUGCGUACGCCUACAUUCCGGACUUGGCCUUCUAUCGUUUGUACGUGUACAGCUUCAAGGACAAUCGUAUGUGGACAUUCCGACACGAAUAUCUCUCUUUCGAUCCACGCAUGACGGGCUUCAGUGUGGCUGGGGUACGCUUUCGUUGGAACGACGGUAUCUUUUCGUUAGCGUUAGGCCCACCGAAGACAGAAACAAACGAUCGCAUCGUGUACUUCCACGCAAUGGCUAGUACGUCCGAGUUCAAGACGAGUUCGAGCGUGUUGCGGAACGAGACACUGGCCGAAGCCGGAGGAUACGAUCAUCUCUUUACCCAUCUUGGUGAGCGAGGCAUCAAAACGCAGUGCACUAUACAUCAGUUCGAUCCUGCUACGGGUGUCUUGUUUUACGCGGAGGUAAAUCGAAACUCUAUCGGUUGCUGGAACUCUGCACAACGCUUUGAACCAGAAACUCAUGGCAUCGUUCAUCUGGAUAAUAAGGACUUUAUCUACCCCUCCGAUAUGACGUUGGACAACGAGGGCGAACUGUGGGUAAUGACGAAUGGGUUGCCAAGAUGGAUAUACGCAUCGCUCAACCUCGACGACUACAACUUCCGUGUGUGGAGGCAGAAACCGGCUAGAGCGAUUGCCGGAACGAUCUGUGAAGCGGGUGCAUUGUGAAGCUCGGUAGGGGUACUCAAGAUGUGGUCCUCAAUAAACACGUAGCGGUCUACGCCGUGUAA